UCCAGGCAACUGCCAACAGAUGGCGCCCGCCCGCCUAUUUCGCUCCUUGCGGCUUUGGGGCCUGGAGGAGAGGUGGGGAGAGUCCCAACAGCAGAGGAACUGGUGAGCCCGGGCCAAAAUUUCAUCUGGCAUCUGGAAUGCAUUAAAAACAACCCACAAAUCUGAAGCUCCUCUCAGGAGAGAGAGAGAGAGAAAGAAAGAAAGAAAGAACGAACAGGGAACUUGAAAAACUAAGGGGAAAAGGGCAGAAGAGAGGCAGCAGCGCGGUCCCUGCAAGCGUCCGCUUUCCUGCAUUGGCCAAGCAGCCCCCAGCACGCCUGCUCUGUGGGGCAGGGCCAUGCGGCCCCGAGGAAGGAUAAGGAACCCAGUGAAACGAGCUGCACCAGGGACUUGAAGAAAGAGUUUUCAGCUGGGAGAAGAGAGGAAGGCAAGAUAUCAGAACAAGGAAUCUGGACCUGUGAUAUUAAGAAAUCAGUAAAUAUUAAAAAGAAGAUGGAUGCAAGAAGGAUGAAGAAAGAACAAGGACUCACAGAAAACACUGGACUUCCCCGGAAGCUGCUUGAAAAACAUGACCCCUGGCCAGCCUAUGUCACCUAUACCUCUCAGACAGUGAAAAGACUCAUUGAGAAAAGCGAAACUAGACAACUGGAAUGCAUGCGUGCCCUCGAGGAAAGACCCUGGGCAUCAAGGCAGAAUAAACCUUCCAGUGUCAUUCAGCUGAAAAGGAGGAAGUCGUCCAAGUCUUCUGGCAAAGCUGUGUUCAGAGACACGCUGUCAGAAUCCACAUUAUCCAUGUGGGGCACUUAUUCGGUAUCGGCCAUGGCUCCUACCAUGAUCCCAGAACCCACACACUUACGUACGGAUUCCAGAGACUGUCCAACUGAAAACUAUAACAAGAUCAUCUUUGCCCGAAAGCCUAUGAUGAGGAUGCUCCCUACAGUUCGCUACUGACCAACAAGGAGAAACAUGCAAAUGUUUAGCCAGGGGUCCCUGCAGCCAUCCCCCAAGAAUGUACAGCAAUUAAGCUCCAUUUACCACUCAUUUGACGGUGUCCUUUAAAUCUGAACUUGCUCUUGCUCAUGCAGAGCUUGGCUGAGAGAAACCAGAUCAGAAUGUAAGCUAUAGGUGGGUGGGUGAGUGUGUCCCCUCCCACACUGCUCUCUGGUGGGGUUGGGCAGUCCCCGGCUCUAGUCUCUGCUACAGAUUCUCAGGACCAAAAUGUGGGUGAUUUGUCUGGGUCCAGGCAGGAGAUAGGAAUCACACAAGCUCUUUUAUUAGAGAUAAUAUAAAGAAUGAUUAACCAGGUGACAGUAAAGGGCAGGAAGGGAAUAUAAAGGUAUCCAUGGAGGUAGCACCACAGGAAGCAGGCAUCACACUUGAGGCUUGGGAACAAGGGGAAGAUGCUGGACUCAUUGAAAGGUAGUUGCUUGGAGAAGGGACAUGGGGCUGAAUCUCAGACUUCUGAGGUGGGGUAGUGGGGAUGCCACUCAAGGCAGCUGGUAUCUCUGAGCUCCGAGGAGAGUCCUGUGGGGAUGGUGCCCCCUCCUCUGAAUAGGGGAGCUGUUUUGUUGGUGUCUCUGAGGGGACCCCCAUGAGGCUGCUUUUGUGAGUGUUGGAAAAACCAAAAACUGCAUUGAAAUGUUUCUGGGAGGAGUUGCCACUGCCUGGGUGAAGAAAAAGCGCUGCUAGGGUUAGCAACCUGCUGGCAGGGACAGGAAGCUGAUAGAAAGUGAACAGGAAGCAAACAGGAAGUGAGCAGGGAGCCACUUCCUACUUCCUCCUUUAGCCUUGCAGAUUCCUUCUAGCACCCCCUGGGGGCUGAGCCUAUCAGGGCACAAAGCCAGAAUGUGGUUUGUAGAAUCCCAGCCCCAGCAUAGGAUGGAUUUUGAAGCCAAGAGGGAAUUAGCUCUCGGCUGGGUUCUGAGUGAUCCCAUCCAGCUGCUACUGGACCUGGUAUUGAGAGGUUUUUCCUUGGAGGGCAAACAAAGUGGCAGUGGGGACCAGGGUGUCCCCUGCUGAGAAAUGGAGAGCUCUUUUCCCCUGUACUUCUCUGAGGUUUGCCUUGUGGAGCCAAGUGCUUGGGGGAGGAGCUCCUGGCAGGACUCCAGCUGUUAUUUGUCAGAGGACAGCUAGGAUUGGUUCACCCAUGCUCUGAGUUGGCCCCAAAGCGAGCUAUGCUGAACUCUUCUCCAUCUCCAAGCAGACAACCUUUGUCUUUACAUGCAGGAGGGAUCCAGUUAUGACAGGCUGACCCAGCUGGUUUCAUGUUUGGAGUUUAUCUACUGAGUAAGGCUGACCUUACCUGAGUUUCUGUAUGUGUAUUUGCAAGACAGUUAAUACUAAUCCAUCAUCCCUCACAGAGAUGUAGAGGAUGAGAUGUAGUAACUUAUAGAAGUAUCAUUUGGGAAAGUUGAAUUUGCCCUACAAGGCAUGUUCUCCAUUCAAGGGUCUUGUGUAAAUGUUUGCAGACACAGGUGCAGCUUUGGAGAACUCACCUCUGGCUCCUGUGAUUUUGUGUUGGGACAGCUGCCUAAAUUAGGAGCUCUAGACCUGUUCUUGGUUCCCAACUGUUGGCCAGAAUGAAUUCUUGCAAAAAUAUAGGUGGUUUCCAGGGAAUUUGAAUGAUUGUAUUUUGUGUCCAUGAAAUGUUUACAGACAUGGAGGCAGGCAAUAAAUUCCUCCAAUAAUUUUUUAAUCUCUUUUGUUGUUUUAUGGGUGUUUAUUUCUAGGUUAUAUUUGAGAAGGUAUGGAUUACAGAGACUCAUUGAGUGCUACAGUUUAUUGGAAUUUGGGGUUAUUUCUUUUAAUACCUUCAAGGGCAGAGUGGUAUGGUAACUGUGCAACCUUCAGGUUGUUUUUUUUUAAAACCUUCGGUUGUUUUUUUAAAAUUUCUAAGCAUUUAAUAGUUUUUACAAAAGUAUGCACUCUAUAAAUUAAAAUGAUUUUUCUGUG